AGGCCUUAUUGACGAUACGGCGGUAGGCCAAUCGCCGCUACUUCACGCGUCAGAUUUUCCGACAAGUCAUGGGACGAAUAAAACUUUUUUCCAUCUGGCUCGUUGCACAUGCGCGUGAAUCCCGAUAUUCGCAGUUUAUGACCAUAAUGUUUGUUCUUCUUCCAACCGAUGGUCAUGAGUUGUAACCUUCCCUGAACCCAAAAUUCUACAUAAAGAGACGGUAUUCUCCCCCAUUUUCCAUCGCAUGAGCCAUGCUUAUUGUGACAUUCGUCCUGUACUACGCUCUCUUGGCUGCUGCUGACACUCCUGAGGUGCAAUUGGGAAACACCAGACUCAUUGGAAGAGAUGUUGCAGGGCUACAGCAAGACUUCUUUGGAGGUAUUCCAUUCGCCGAACCUCCGGUCGGAGCGUUGCGCUUGCAGCGUCCUGUAUUGAAAACGGACAUUGACGCCGAUGAAUUCGAUGCCCAGAAUUUCGGACUACCCUGCUUACAGCGUGGGUAUGCUACCGAUGCGAUAUCGGAGGACUGCUUGACUAUAAAUAUAUUUCGACCGAAGGGGGCGUCUUCUGAAGAUCCUUUGCCUGUGACCUAUGGAGGCGGUUUCUUUGCAGGCGCUUCGUCAUCCUUCAAUGGAAGCAAUAUUGUUGCCCAGAGCGUUGUCAGAGGGACUCCCAUUAUUUAUGUGAACCACAGUUAUCGACUGGGUCCAUUAGGCUUUCCUCAAGGGCAGGAGGCUGACGAUAGAGGACAACUGAACCUCGGAGUCAGAGAUCAGUUGGCCGCCCUGGAAUGGAUUCAAGAGAAUAUUGGUUUGUUCGGUAGUGACAAAACCAAAGUGACUAUCUUUGGAGAAAGUGCCGGAGCGAUGUUGACGAGUCUUCUGUUUCUAAACGCGUCGAUUUCUGACUUGGCCUGGGCUGCGAUCUUUGAGUCCGGUGCUGUGUCUUCGCCCGUAACUUACAAUGCAUCUACAAGAGAAUCUUCCUGGCACAAUUUUGUAGCUGGGACACCAGGCUGCGAGUCUGUCGCUGACACGAAUAACACCUUUGACUGCUUGCAGGCAGCGAAUUCGUCUGCUAUAUAUGAAGGAUGGAUUGAGGCUUAUUCGUUGACCAUUGAAGGAUUUCCUUUUGAUCCUGCACUGGACGGCCCAUCAGGUCUUCUUCCCGAUCUGCCUUCACGUCUCUGGGAAGAGGGCCAGUUUGCCACGCUUCCCUUUAUUUCAGGCACAAACCUAGACGAGGGUAUGAUAUGAAUACUUUAUUAUUAUUAUUACAAGUGCCGGUCUCAAUAUUGGCACUCGUUUAGGGACGCGCUUCUUGCCGACCGAUCGCAACUACACCGACGAGGACAUCAAGGACUAUAUGGUAUCCACUUACUCACCUUACCCACCUACCAUCCCCGAUACUAUCCUGGACUAACUUCUCGAACUGUACCCUGACGAUCCAUCCUUGGGAUCCCCAUAUGGCACUGGAAUUGAAACCUUUGGCUUACCCUCAGGCUUUAAGAGAACGGCUGCGAUGGGUUAGCGUUUUU